GCACUGAACUGGGAACUGGGUGGAGGCCCCCCCCUUCCUGACACUUCCUGGUUUCUACCAGCACAGUAACACCCCCCACCCCAGGGUUUUCACAAGCACGAAACAAGCUGACCUGUGAAAGGGAGAUCCCUAAUCUGUGAAGCAGACUCAACUCCGUGACUUACCACUUAUGCUCUGGGUUGUGGCGCUGACGCCUCAGCUGAAGCAAAGGCUGGUGGCUGAUGAAAGCUGUGUGACAGGGCAGACGGCUUCCUUCCUCUUUCCUUGGCUCCUCUUCUAAACCCCACUGGACUCGGGCCCACUUCGGGGUGGACUUGGAGGACCAAAAUGCUUCAGAACCUACACCCCGGUAGCCUGUGGCUGCUCCAACAACUGACAGUUUUAGUUUUGCUGCUGCUGGACCGGGGAGCUGCGGAUCUCCCGAAGGCUGUGCUGAGCCUGGAGCCCCCCUGGGUCAACGUCCUGCGGGGGGACACCGUGACUCUGAACUGCCAGGGGGCCCAGGGCCCUGGGGACCGCUCCACCCAGUGGUUCUUCAGCGGGACGGCCAUCCCAGCCCAGGCCCAGCCCAGCUACAGCUUCCAGGCCAGCAGCAACGACAGCGGGGAAUACAGGUGCCAGACGGGCCAGGCCAGCCUCAGCGACCCCGUGCAUCUGGACGUGACUUCCGCCUGGCUGCUGCUCCAGACCCCUGGCCUGGUGUUCCAGGAGGGGGACCCCAUCGAGCUGAGGUGCCACACCUGGAGGAACUGGUCUUUCUACAAGAUCACAUUCUACCAGGAUGGAAAGUCCAAGCAGUUUUCCCACCGGAAUUCCAGCUUCUCCAUCCCGCGAGCAAACGCCAAUCACAGUGGCGAGUACUACUGCUCAGCAUUCGUAGGGCAGUUGUUAUACACAUCACAGCCCGUGAGCAUCACUGUCCAAGGUCUGCCUGUUCCAUCCGUCUCGUGGUCCUCUCUACAGUGGCCCCAAAUCGCUUUCUGCCUGGUGGUGGGGCUUCUGUUCGCAGUGGACACCGGGUUGUAUUUCAUUGUGCGGAAAGAACUUCGAAGCUCAGUGGGGGACAAAGUCGCCUGGAGCAAGAGCCCUGAGGACAUCUCACGGUAUAAGCUAUAGCGCCUCUUCAGGCCAGACCUCUCCCCCUCCCCCCACCCCUUUGGACAGUAACCUGGGCCUCAGGGAAGGAAGGGCCUGUAAGCGCCACAGCGGAAGCACCCCUGGCUCGCCCUCACCCACUUCCUGGAGGUCACAUCACAGCCACCAGCGCCAUGAGAGCUGACAGCAAAUGUGUUCCCACGGAUCCUAGACAGAGACUCAUCAAAUAUAGGAAAGCUCACCCAGUCCUGCUUCCACUUUCAAAAUAAGCCCAGCACUCAGACGCUUCUUCGCACUGAGUGGGCCAACCCUGUCGCAAGCGGCCACCAGCUCCCACUGGACGGCCAAGACACCCCGCCGCGUCCCCUCUCACCACCGCAGAGAGCCAGCUUUUAAAAAGCGAGUCCAUCUGCCCGGCUUUGCUCAAAGCCACACAGUGGCGCCCCUCGCUCCUCAGAGUAAAAGCCGGGGCAGUUGCGUGUCCUCAGGUCCUCCUGCCUCUCCUCAGCCACUGCUGUCCCUUGCUUCCUUCGCCGCACCAGUUGUACUUCCGCCCAGGGCUUCCCCGAGGCCCUGUUUCUGGAUCUCUUGCUUAGGGUGCCUCAUUAUGCUUCAUCAUGACUGCCCCCUUGUCAGUGACGUCUCCCUGACCCUUCAACAGAAUUCCACUCCCCACCAGCUCCUAACCCCUCUCCUGCUCUGUUUGUCCUCAGGCUGCUUAUUACCAACUGCCGUCCCAAGUUCCCCUGUGUGACGGUUUAUUGUCUGGCCCUCUGGCCAGCAGAAAGUGAGCUCCAGGAGAUCAGGGCCUUUGUUUUCUUACUACUCCCCACAGUCUAGCUCAGUGUCUGGCACGUGAUAAAGAACUCUAACUCUUUGCAGAAUGAGUACAUUCUUUACUAAAUCUGGAGAAUUUUAAACCUAGAAAGUCCUCAGAAGUGGCGUGGUGCACUCCCUUCAUUAUAAAAUCAAGGAAGCUGUGGUCCGAAUGCUUGAAGUGACUUGUUCGAGGAUAUGCACGCAGUUGGUGUCACAGCCCUUUGUCUAUACGGUUUGGGGUCAUACCACACAUUUGCUUUUUGCACUCAGCCC